GUGUGCAGACUCCGUCUGUCGCAUUGUUUUGACAGAGCUGAGCUGCUCCCGUGACGGCGUCUCAACCACUUACAGAACACACACAAACUCCUGUCUGUCGCUGCACUAACUCAUCUGCCUUUGGCUUUGUGAAAACCACGCGUGUCAUGCUUUCUCAAACAAAAACAUGGGGAAUCACAAGCAGAUUGUAGAGUGGCUGCUUUACUGUUAAAUGGAUAACCUUAAUGGAAUGUCUUUACAGACAUUAAGUAACUCAAAACCACACAGUUCCACACUAAAUGUUUCCUCUUUCUUUUGUUUUUCCAGGGCAAAUAUUGAUGAGGUGGAAACCGAGGUUGUGGAGAUCGAGGCAAAGCUAGAUAAGCUGGUGAAGCUAUGCAGUGGGAUGAUUGAAGCGGGGAAGGCGUAUGUGAGCGCCAACAAACUCUUCGUCAAUGGCAUCCGGGAUCUGUCUCAGCAGUGCAAGAAGGACGAGGUGAUCUCGGUGUUCCUGGAAAAGUGCAGUGAAAGCCUCCAGGAGAUCAUCAACUACCACAUGAUUCUGUUCGAUCAAGCUCAGAGGUCUGUGAAGCAGCAGUUGCACAACUUUGUGAAAGAGGAUGUUCGCAAGUUCAAGGAGACCAAGAAGCACUUUGACAGGGUGCGAGAGGAUAUGGAGAUAGCGCAGGUGAAGAACGCUCAGGCACCGAGGAACAAGCCUCACGAGGUGGAAGAAGCCACCAGCACGCUCAGCAUCACCCGCAAGUGCUUCCGACACCUCGCUCUGGACUAUGUGCUACAGAUUAACGUUCUGCAGGCGAAGAAGAAGUUUGAGAUUCUGGAUGCGAUGCUGUCGUUCAUGCACGCCCAGUACUCGCUGUUUCAGCAGGGCUACAACCUGCUCGACGAGAUCGACCCGUACAUGAAGAAACUGGCCGCUGAGCUGGAUCAGCUGGUGAUUGAUUCAGCCAUGGAGAAGAGGGAAAUGGAGCAUAAACAUGCCACCAUUCAGCAGAGGACCCUGAUGCAGGACUUUGCAUAUGACGACUCUAAGGUGGAGUUCAACGUGGAUGCUCCUAAUGGUGUGGUGAUGGAGGGCUACCUGUUCAAGAGGGCCAGCAAUGCCUUUAAGACCUGGAACAGACGCUGGUUCUCCAUACAGAACAGUCAGCUGGUCUAUCAGAAGAAGCUCAAGGACUCUCUGACAGUGGUGGUGGAAGACCUCCGGCUGUGCUCCGUUAAACCAUGUGAGGACAUUGAGAGGAGGUUCUGCUUUGAAGUCGUAUCCCCGUCCAAGAGUUGUAUGCUUCAGGCUGAAUCUGAGAAGCUAAGACAAGCAUGGAUUCAGGCAGUUCAAGCGAGCAUUGCUUCAGCCUACAGAGAGAGCCCGGAUUCUUAUUAUAUAGAGCACCUGGACAGGACUGCGUCCCCGUCGACCAGCAGUAUCGAUUCAGCCAGCGAGCCACGGGACCGCAGUGCCCGCAGCGAGACCAUCCUGCAGCGGAUUCAGAGUCUGCCAGGCAACGAGCAAUGCUGUGACUGCAGCCAGGCCGACCCACGCUGGGCCUCCAUCAACCUGGGCAUCCUGCUGUGUAUCGAGUGCUCAGGCAUCCACAGGAGUCUUGGGGUUCACUGUUCAAAGGUUCGCUCACUCACACUGGACUCAUGGGAACCGGAAUUACUGAAGUUGAUGUGUGAGCUUGGAAACAGCGUCAUCAACCACAUCUAUGAAGGCUCGUACCAAGGACAAGGGGUGAAGAAACCUUUACCCUCCAGUUCAAGGCAGGAAAAAGAGGCUUGGAUUAAGGCAAAGUAUGUGGAGAAGAAAUUCCUGAAGAAGCUGGGCUGCACAGAGAUUCUCAUCAACGGGGAGAGGAAGCCGGAGCGGCGGUGGAGUGUGAAGAAGUGUCGGAGACACAACAGCGCCACCACCGUACCCAAAACACGGCGAAGAUACCGACAAGAGCCCGGAAGCACAUCCCCUUCCACACUCUCCGCAGCUGCUGCUAAGUUCAGACGAGAAUCCCUGUUUUGUCCCGAUGAGCUGGACACGCUCUUCUCCUACUUUGAUACAGGAUCUGGGCCUCGAAGUCCGGCAGGUCUGAGCAGUGACAGCGGGUUGGGAGGAAGCACAGACGGCAGCACGGACAUCCUGGUGUUUGGCUCGGUGGUGGACAGCGUCACAGAGGAGGAGUGUGAAGUGUCUGACGACUCGAGCGGUGACGCCGAGCUGGAGGCGGAGCCGGAGACGUCAGACCCGGAGGACAUAUGUAACCUUCGUCCUGGAGCGCUGCUUUACAAAGCCUCCAAGGCUCGCAACCUGCCCGUCAUGGCUGAAGCUCUAGCUCAUGGUGCUGAUGUCAAUUUGGUGAAUGACGAGGAUGAAGGGAAGACGCCCCUCAUACAGGCUGUGAUCGGGGGCUCACUGAUUGCAUGCGAGUUCCUGCUCCAGAACGCUGCUGACGUCAACCAAAGAGACGCGAGAGGGAGGUGCCCCCUGCAUCACGCCACGUAUCUGGGGCACACGGGGCAAGUGUGUUUAUUCCUGAAAAGAGGAGCGACACAGAACGACGGGGACGAGGAUGGUCAGGAUCCUCUGAGUAUAGCAGUGCAGCAAGCCAAUGCAGAUAUAGUCACUCUUUUGCGUUUGGCCAGGAUGAACGAGGAGAUGCGGGAGUCGGAGGGACCCUUUGGACAACCAGGCGACGCCACGUACCUCGACAUCUUCCGAGAAUUUUCCCACAUGGCAUCGCACAACCCGGAGAAGCUGAAACGGAGGAGCGUGCACUUCCGACACUCCUUCAGGUAGUAGGUCGUCUGCUGCCGUGUCCAUGUCGACACCCGGGACAGGAACAAGGUCACAUACUUGAAAAGUGCAACAGCCACUUUCCAGACUCGACUCUAAUUAUACAAUUAUGGAUGUACUGUAUGUUAAACAUCAUCAACAUGUGAUCCUGAGGAGAAACACGGACCGAGGCAUCUCAUUAAAUCAUCAUAUACCACCCAGAAAAAUGUACACAGUCACAUUUUAAGUGAAAAAUAAGAAUGAUGUUACGAUGCUGUUUUUUGUGUUUAAUAAGCUGCAUUAGAUCGGCAUUAGACGUGUCCUUUGCUGUUCUGAGAUCAGGCUUUUAUGUCGAUAGGUUGUCGCUUCAUGAGGAUUUGCUGGUCCUUUCCUCUUUUAUAUAAGUAAAUAAAGCAUUUUUUGGUUUACACAAUGUUAGAUUUGAUUUUUGAUAAAAUGUCAAGCACUUGUUUCUUUUGUUUUGUUUUAUGAAUCAAUUUCCUCUGCGUUUACUGAAGGAAAUCCAUCACUACUUUCUCUUUAUAUGUAAUGCAUGCAAUUUACUCCAAUUAUAUAUAUCUCAUCAUUACCUAAACUUGAAUUCUGCCAUUGUAAGGAUAUAGAUUGUCGGACCAUUAUUGGUUAUCAACAACCAAUCCACCAUCUUACUUUCUCUGUUUCUGAGCAAAUCAUUUUGUAAUGUAAUGUUGUAUUUCUGCAUGGACUAUGCUGGUGUAGUCUUUGUAAUAUUGUAUUCAAGUGUAUGUGGCAGCACCACUAUGAAAGGCAGUGAUUGUGUUACAGUGAAAAAUGAUAAUAUAUCUGAAUGGACAGGAAACCUGAUCUUAAGUUGGAUUGAAAUAAAAAAAAAUCUGUGCUUUCAUACUGUA